GUGUGGUGCUCGGAAACCAUCGUUGCUCACUGGGAGGAGCAGACCUAAACCGGGACUACGCGGAUCCAAAACCGUGGAACAAUCCUGUGAUUUAUUCGCUGAAACAACUUACUUAUCACAUCAUUCAUCGAGAACAGCGCCAUGUGGCCCUUUUUUCCGAUCUUCACGGACAUUCACGUGCCAAAAACUUUCUUAUCUACGGAUGCACACGCCGCGCUGAGGUACAGGAGAGUAAAUCCGCCGCUAAGAGAUCAACGGCAACAGUGCCAUCUUCAGCAGCAGCAUUCCCUCCUAGCAAUUGCGCAUUAGAUAGUCGUCGUCAAAUGUCAACCAGCGCGGCUUCUGCGGUUUCUGCGGUUUCUGCCUCUUCUUCUGUGGAAAAAAUUCUUCCGUGUUUUUUGAGUGUUCUUUCCCCUGCCUUUGCUAUGUCACAGUGUUCUUUUACGGUGCAUAAGAGCAAGCGGAAUACAGGACGGGUUGUAAUGUAUCGAGAGUUUGGGAUACGCAUGAGUUAUACACUGGAGGCAACCAUGAUGGGCGGGAAAGAUGGACUUUUUUUUCAAAAUGCAGGCGUUUUUUUGAAAAAGCCAACAGAAGAUGUGCUUGGACUGCGGCAAGAAGUUGGAGGUGAAGAACUGGGAAGCGAUGAGAAAAUAAAGGCAUCCAUGGAAGAACCAUGGCCCCAGGAGGUUUCUUACACCACUCUUCAGUAUGAACAUAUGGGGGCGUUGCUGGUUCGCGGCCUCCAUCUUCUCACAGUCAAUAGUGAAGGCCCGAGCGCCGUCAAAAAGGAGGCAAUUGAGCGUGCAUGGUCGCUGAUAUCUGCAACUCUCGGAAAUGUAGAUGCACCCAAUGCUCCAAGCUUAACGGUCAUGGGCGGUUCGUAUGCGUUUUCAACGCGGAAGGAGCGUCGCCUGGAGGCGAAGAAGGUAAGGAAAGAGAAGACGACUGCUACUUCCACGUUGCUGUCGAUAGAGCAGCGAAGAGAGCUACUGCGCACGCUAUUUGUUCGGCCAAAGGUGCCAUAUGCGCAACCGAUGGAUAUCGGACCCGUUUUCUUGGGAAGUGACAGUGACGAUGAGGAGUCAGAGACCUGGGAAAGUGAGAAUGAAGAUGACGUGGAAGAAAAAGAAAAUGUGUCUCGACAAGAAAGUGAUGGUGAUGAUGAAACUGACGGAGUUGAUGAUGACAAUGACGACGACGACGACGAUGAUGAUGAUGAUGAUGAUGAUGAUGGUGCAUACGAGGAUGAGGAACUUACGUCCUCUGAGGUUGAUGGGGCCUACUUCCAAGAGUAA